UGGCACUGUGUGUUUCCUUCUAGAUUUGGUUCUGGAGCUGCCAUGAUUGAAGUGGUGGCUGAGCUGAGUCGAGGUCCUGUAUUUCUGGCGGGGGAGGCUCUGGAAUGUUUAGUGACUGUCACUAAUCCCCUGCCCCCGACCGCCACUUCUGCAUCCAGUGAGGCUCUGGCCUGGGCCAGUGCCCAGAUCCACUGCCAGUUCCAUGCCAGCGAGAGUCGAGUAGCACUGCCACCCCCUGACUCCAGCCAGCCAGAUGUGCAGCCUGACAGCCAGACCGUCUUCCUGCCGCACCGAGGUGAGAGGGGUCAGUGCAUCCUUUCUACUCCACCAAAAAUUCUGUUUUGUGACUUGAGGCUUGACCCUGGAGAGUCCAAAUCAUACUCCUACAGUGAAGUGCUGCCCACCGAGGGUCCACCUUCCUUUCGGGGUCAGUCGGUCAAGUACGUCUACAAACUGACCAUUGGCUGCCAGCGCGUCAACUCGCCCAUCACUUUACUCCGAGUCCCUUUGAGAGUUCUUGUGCUGACUGGUCUUCAGGAUGUCCACUUUCCCCAAGAUGAGGCUGUGGCUCCGUCCAGUCCGUUCUUAGAGGAGGAUGAGAGUGGGAAGAGGGAUUCAUGGCUAGCUGAGCUGGCUGGGGAGCGCCUCAUGGCUGCCACCUCCUGCCGCAGUCUCCAUCUAUACAAUAUCAGCGAUGGCCGAGGGAAAGUCGGGACAUUUGGUAUCUUCAAAUCUGUGUACAGACUCGGCGAGGAUGUGGUGGGGACCUUAAACUUAGAAGGAACUGUGGCUUGUUUGCAGUUUUCAGUAAGCCUGCAGACUGAAGAGCGCGUCCAGCCCGAAUACCAGCGACGCCGGGGGACAGGAGUUGCCCCUUCAGUGUCCCAUGUGACUCAUGCCCGGCACCAGGAGUCCUGCCUACAUACAACUAGAACCAGCUUCUCUCUGCCCAUCCCUCUCUGCUCCACCCCUGGCUUCUGCACGGCCAUUGUGUCUUUGAAGUGGCGAUUGCAUUUUGAGUUUGUAACAUCCCGAGAACCAGGAUUGGUCCUUCUGCCCCCAUUGCAGCAGCCUGAACCUGCGAGCUGGACAGGGCCCGAGCAGGUGCCUGUAGACACCUUCAGCUGGGACCUUCCCAUCAAAGUGCUUCCCACAAGCCCCGCCCUGGCCUCAUACGCUGCCCCAGGCCCCAGCACCAGCAGCGUAACUAUCUGAGACUGGCCCACAUGCCCACCGUGGCACUGGUUUCUUCUAGAUGCUGAAACUCAACACCUGGACUUGGGUGGGCCCCGCUUUUCCCACACGGGGCCCCACGCAGCAGGCGACGAGAACCAGGCUUUCAGCUGUGGCAUUGAUUUAUUUAUUCAGAGUAAAUUGGCAGCUGCUAGUGGUUUCCCUGGAAGUGGCAGCAGCAGUGAGCAGUCA